AAAACAUUGUUUCCUCAAAAGUUGCACACGUAAAUUUUAUGGGCUACCAUAUAACGUAAUUAUUCCGAAAUCACUACAAAUAUCAGAAGGGCUGUAAAUGACUAGCCAGUUGAUGAGUUCCGCCUGAUUAGCUAGUAAAAGCGUGCGUCUUUCAAGAUGAAGAAAAUGCUUCGAUUUGAAUACUUUUUGAUUGCCGUCCUCUUUGCGCUCUGCUGCAGUCCAGUGGACGGCAAAAGUUGUGGCUCAAAAAAGAUCUACUGCAUAAACGACACCAGCUAUGAAACAUGCGAGAACGUUUUGUGGUGGAUUAACUAUAGCGAUGAAGUGAUCACUUGUGAUGAUGGGAGCGUAUGUGAUCAAGAAACAGGAGACACGCCGUGCAUAGCAGCUGUUGCAACUACAACGGUUUUAUCGACUUCAACCGAGGCUCCAACUACGACCACUGAAACUCCAACAACAACCACCACGACUCAUCCUACAACUACAACUACGACUACAGUUGCGACCACCACCAUCGCGUCUACCACCACUGUGCGCUCAAACUCAUGUGGUUCCAAUGGCAUUCACUGUUACAACGACACCACUUAUAGAAGCUGUAUGAGCUUUUUGGGGGUCAUUAUUUACUCGGGAAGCUACGUGACGUGUGAAGAUGGUACAACAUGCGAAGAAGACAGCGGCACGACAAAACAACUACAACCACUGAAGCUUCAGUUACUGGUCCUUCCAGUUGCGAUACCAGUGGCGAACGCUGGCCAGCUGCAGCGUGUAAUCAGUACUAUCUAUGCCAGCUGUCUCUGUGGAACAACUAUGUGUUACUACAGAACUGUAGUAGUGGCGAAAGCUACGAUUCUUCCACUUCGGAAUGCGUUACUGAUAGCACUUGUUAGGCAAGAUUAAUUUUGAAUUGGUCUGCAGAUAGUCUGGGGGGAAAUAAACGACAAUUGCAUUGA